AACUGUCAGGAGCAACCAGAGAGUUAAACUUCUAUAAAUGUCCGCCUAGUGUCUCUAAAUCCGCGCUUAUCGCCUGAUUUAGACGCAAAGCAACAGAAAACAGAGGACGGACCUCCGCGCUUUACUUUCCCAGAGGAAGCAGCAGAACGCACGGACUGGUGCCGCUUUGCGCCUCCAGGGGCGCAGAGUUCUGGAGACAGGACGCGGACAGGCUGUCCCCUGACUGGACGGGACACAUGUCUUCUCCAUUAGCUGUCCUACCCACAAGGUUCGGAACCCAGAACCUCUCUGCCGGCCACACAAUGGAGGCGCUGCGUUUUGGACUCACGCUGGUUCGACACGGAGAAACAAAGUACAACAAAGAAGGGCUGUUGCAAGGCCAGGCGAUAGACUCCUGCUUGUCAGAGGCGGGGCUGCAGCAGGCGGAGGCUGCAGGACGCUACCUGAGAGACGUGAGCUUCAGCAACGUGUUCGCCAGCGACAUGCUGAGGGCCCGACAGACUGCUGAAAAGAUCAUGCAGCAAAACAGCAGCUGUCUGGCUCUACAAAUGGUGUGCGACCCGUUGCUUAAAGAGAAAAGCUUUGGGACUGCAGAGGGCGGACGGGUCCAGGACUUUAAAGAGAUGGCCAGGGCUGCCGGGGAGUCUCUCGCAGGCUUCACCCCUCCAGGGGGGGAGACCCAGGAGCAGGUAAAGGAGCGGGUCAGACUGUUUCUGGAGAACAUGCUGCAGCAGAUGGGGGCCGAGCACUGGCCUGUCAGCGGGCACGCCGCCGCCGCCGCCGCCGCCGCCGCCGCCCCAGAGGGGUCUCCUGCUGAGGGGGAAGCUGAAGAUGGCGUGAGGGGAAUGCCUGUCCAUGCUUUGGUUGUCACCCAUGGAGCUUACAUGCGCGAGGCGGUGCGCUACUUUGUGGAGGAGUUGCACUGCAGCUUCCCUUCCAGUUGGGACCAGAGUCAUAUGUUCUCCUUGAGCCCUAACACUGGAAUCUGCAGGUUCACACUGAGGACUGCUAAGGAAGGGAGCAAGUUUGUGCUGCUAGGAAUGCGUUGUGUUUUUAUUCACAGGGCGGAUCACAUUAAACAGGCGGAGCAGGACAGCAAAGCAAGAGCAAAGUAACCCAUCAGAUUUUAAUGGUCCUAUCUAGAAAUAUCCUCCUAAACAUAAUAACUGGCUCCCUGUAGUUUGCUUGUAUCCAUUUCCUGAUGAACAUCAGCGUAGACGCUGGGUCCAAAUGCAAUGAUGCACAAACAUGCCCACAGAUACAGCUUCACUGAAUAUCAGCGUAAGAUGCUGAGCUGUCCAGUCCAAAGACAUUAGUUUGGUCCACCGGUCUCUCUAACCUUCCCUUUCUCUGUGAUGGACGCUCUUCUUCCAA